GCAAGGCUUCCAAGGGGCGGGGCCUCGGGCCAUAUUAUUUGGAGCGUCCACCCUGCUUCCCCCUCAGAAGGCACGACGUCUUUGAGCAAGAUGGGCGUCUACCGCGUCCGUGUGUCCACUGGAUCCUCGCUCUGCGCGGGCUCCAGCAACCAGGUGAAGCUGUGGCUGGUUGGCCAGCACGGCCAAGCCGAGCUGCGGACGCGCCUGCGGCCGGCUCGGGGCAAGGAGACGGAAUUCAAGGAGGAUGUGUCGGAGUACCUGGGGCCUCUGCUGUUUGUGAAACUGCUCAAACGGCACCUCUUGAAUGAUGACGCCUGGUUCUGCAACUGGAUCUCUGUGCAGGGCCCCGGGGCCAGUGGGGAAGAGCUCAGGUUCCCAUGUUACCGCUGGGUGGAGGGUAAUGGCGUCCUGAGCCUACCCGAGGGCACUGCACGCACGGUGGUAGAUGACCCUCAAGGCCUGUUCAAGAAACACCGGGAAGAGGAGCUGGAAGAGAGAAGGAAGCUGUACCGGUGGGGUAACUGGAAGGAUGGGUUAAUCCUGAACGUGGCUGCUACCACUUUAGGUGACCUCCCCAUAGAUGAGAGAUUUCUGGAGAACAAGAAAAUUGACUUUGAGGUUUCACUGGCCAAGGGGCUGGCCGACCUGGCUAUCAAAGACUCUCUAAAUGUUCUGACUUGCUGGAAUGAUUUCGAUGACUUCAAAAGGAUUUUCUGGUGUGGCCAGAGCAAGCUGGCUGAGCAGGUGCGGGACUCCUGGAAGGAGGAUGCCUUAUUUGGGUACCAGUUUCUCAAUGGCGCCAACCCCCUAUUACUGAGGCGCUCCAAUCAACUUCCUGCCCGCCUAGUAUUCCCUCCAGGGAUGGAAGAGCUGCAGGCCCAGCUGGAGAAGGAGCUUCAGGGAGGCACUCUGUUUGAAGCCGACUUCUCCCUGUUGGAUGGGAUCAAGGCCAACAUCAUACUGUGUAGCCAGCAGCACCUGGCUGCCCCUCUGGUCAUGCUGAAACUGCAACCUGAUGGGAAACUCUUGCCCAUGGUCAUCCAGCUCCAGUUGCCACAGGCAGGAUCGCCCCCACCAACACUUUUCUUGCCAACGGAUCCCCCGAUGGUCUGGCUCCUGGCUAAAUGCUGGGUCCGUAGUUCUGAUUUCCAGCUUCACGAGCUGCAGUCUCAUCUUCUGAGGGGACAUUUGAUGGCUGAGGUUAUCGCUGUAGCCACUAUGAGGUGCCUUCCAUCAAUACAUCCGAUCUUCAAGCUGUUAAUUCCCCACCUGCGAUAUACCAUGGAAAUUAACGUGCGGGCCAGGACUGGGCUGAUCUCUGACUUGGGCAUUUUCGACCAGGUGGUGAGCACUGGUGGGGGAGGCCACGUGGAGCUGCUCAAGAAAGCUGGAUCCUUUCUAAGCUAUAGAUCAUUCUGUCCCCCUGAUGACCUAGCUGACAGGGGGCUUUUGGGAGUCAAGUCUUCCUUUUAUGCCCAUGAUGCUCUGCGGCUCUGGGAAGUCAUCUUUCGGUAUGUGGAGGGAAUCGUGAAUCUUCACUAUAAGUCAGAUGAGGCAGUGAAGGAGGAUCUUGAGCUACAGACCUGGUGUCGAGAAAUCACUGAAAUUGGGCUGCGAGGGGCCAAGGAUCUUGGGUUUCCCAUCUCCUUACAGUCCCAGGACCAGGUUUGCCACUUUGUCACCAUGUGCAUCUUUACCUGCACUGGCCAGCACUCCUCUGUCCACCUGGGCCAGCUGGAUUGGUACGCUUGGGUCCCUAACACACCCUGCACGAUGAGGCUGCCCCCACCGACCACCAAGGAUGCGACACUGGAGACAGUGAUGGCAACACUGCCCAAUUUUCAUCAGGCUUCUCUCCAGAUGUCCAUAACUUGGCAACUGGGCAGACGCCAGCCCAUUAUGGUGGCUUUGGGCCAGCAUGAGGAGGAGUAUUUUUCGGGCCCUGAGCCCAAAGCUGUGCUGAAGAAGUUCAGGGAGGAGCUGGCUGCUCUGGAUAAGGAAAUCGAGAUCCGGAAUGCAAAGCUGGACAUGCCCUACGAGUACCUGCGGCCCAGCUUGGUGGAAAACAGUGUGGCCAUUUGAGUGCCCCAGCUUGUGGUUGUUUCAGCCCCCUCUUCCACCCAAGCCACAACUGCGUCCCUAAGUGCUUUCGUCUUACUCUCCCCAACCGCGCCUCUUUCUAUCUCCACUCUCCCUAAAGAGUCACUUUUCCUUGUGUAUGUCCACAGUGAACAGAUCUUACUCUAGAUGCACCACCUACAGGCCUCGUUUCACUGUAUUCCUCCCUCUCUUCCUAUUCUCCUCCCUUCCUCCCUCAUCAUUGGGAUCUCCCAUAGGGCAGAUAAUAGUCACUUUUAUAUAAACUGUUUCAAGAAUGACUAGGUAGUCAGGUUACACCGCAUUUUUGUUUGUUUGUUUUAUAAUUUUGAACCUAAUACAAAUUUAACAACAACAAAAAGAUAUUUUGGAUUAAUGAAAGGAACUUAGAUCAAAUGAUCCUAAAUCAAACACUGGCAAAACAAUGUAGCACGUUUUUUUAACUAUAGAUGGGAUUUACCACAUGUCCUGAAGCCAGACACAAUACAGAGCAAACCAUUUACACAAGAAUUCCCAAGAUUUUUCAAUUCUCAAGAUUUUCACUUUGUGGUUCACUUAGAAAAUGAUAAACGGAAGUAAAUGGGUUAAACUGGUGAAGACACUCCCAGCUGGAGGUAUCUGGCCUUGGGGCUUCAGCCUGAGUGAUCCAUUUGUAUGACCUAUUUGCAGUUCACCAGUUAGGAGGCUUCAAAUGAAAAUAACUAACUGGAAAAAAAGUAAAAAUCUCACGGUUAUUUUAAUGAGUGACAACAGAAGAAGCAGUGAAGUCCGCCUUUGUAAUUGUAAUAAAUAAUUAAAAUUCUGGAAAAAUAAA